UGUAACCACUUAACUCCGAAUUUCCCAUCGUGUGGACGCUGUAGGCGAUUUCUGGAUUGGAAUUAGAUAUCGAUCACGGCCCUAAAAAAAUAAAUAAAAAAAAUGGAAAGAAAGAAAGAAAGCAUGCAUUCCCCUGGAGACUGUAGAGACGAGUUUUCAACAGACGAGGAUGUAGAAGCACCGCGGCCGGAGAAGCGCGCGGCGCAGGUGUCCCGCCUGCCCUUCAGCGUGGACGCGCUGAUGUCGGACAGGAGGCCGCUGAACGCGACGGACACAGGCGUGGACGCGCCGAUGUCGGACAGGAGGCCGCUGACAGCAGAUGGGAAAUCCUCUUUGCACGAUGAACGGCCGCACAGGCCGGAUGUGUUUUCCAGACAAUUGGUAUCUAUCAAAUCCGAGCCUUUGGAACGAGGCGGCCGUGCGUCCUGGAUGUCCAGCCCCAUUGAGAUGUCAACACCACCCCGGCAGCUCAGUCCAGCAGUGUGCUCCUUGAGGAAGCACAAAACCAACCGCAAGCCUCGCACUCCCUUCACCAGCACGCAGCUCCUGGCCCUGGAGAGAAGGUUCCGUCAGAAGCAGUACUUGUCCAUCUCCGAGCGGGCCGAGUUCUCCUCCUCCCUGUCGCUGUCCGAGACCCAGGUCAAGAUCUGGUUCCAGAACCGGCGAGCUAAAGCCAAGAGGCUUCAGGAGGCCGAGGUGGAGAAACUCAAAAUAGCGGCUGGCAUUGGGCCAAAAGCUGUAUUCCACCCUGGCUUCCCGUCCUUAGGUUUUCCCCUUAGUGUUAACCUGCAGGCUGGAUCAGCAGCACUUUACGGACUGGGCUGCUCAUAUGGCCGCAGCCCCAUUUCCCCCGCUGCACAUCUGGUCAUGUACGCCUCACAGGUCGGCCAUAGCCUGUUCCACCUCUCCUGAGGGGAAGCAGCAUUAUACAGACAACGCGACAUGGAUGUGUGUAGAAAAAGAGGACAAGAGUGUAUUGUGAAGUCAUGCACCUUUUUAUAAAAGACUUUAUUAAGGUCCUGAAGUGGAGCUGAAGCUUGGUGAUGUUCACUGGUUUUGAGUUACACGGAGAAUUUAUAAAUGUCCUUUUACAAGGAUAUGGCAUCAAGAUCAGCAGGGUUCACUGAUAAUGAAUGGAAUAUUGAUACCAGAUUGUAUUUAUUGUAGCCUUUUUGAUUGUUUUUUUUUUUUUCUACUCUUCCUGUAUUCCCUGGAUUAAUCCAGCAUUGGCGGUCAAAUGUUCACUUGUUAGCCUUGAAUAUGCAGGGAUAUUGUAUGAAAUACUGCUCUCAGAAUAAUAAGAAGUGACAAAUGGAGAAGGAAAUUGUCGGCCUGGUGAAGUGCAGGCUUGCUUUAAAGCCAAAGCAUCCCCAAUUUGGGCUGCGCGAUAUGAGAAAAAUAUCAAAUUGCGAUUAU